GAAAAAAGAAGCUGAAAAACUACAUUAUUGGAUGCGCGCCGAAAAUCGAAGAAAAAUUGUAUGUAAUUGACAUAAAAGUCAGUAAGUGAUUCAGAGCUAAUAUUUCAAAUGCAUCGCUCCUGAACUAACAGCGCCCGCUGCAUUUGCGCAUGACAAUACGACUUCGAAUAGCAUCAUUCAACGAUAGUCGAACGCAGACAGACGAUAUCGAUAAGCGACGCCGCGAAAGCUGAACAAGAGUAAGCAACUACAGCUUCUACUGCUGCAGGCCGUGAAAAGCCCGUACAUCAUGUAUCCUCUAGCCCGACUUGUGUAGAAGCGAGACCCGCUGGACGAAAUUAUGGGCGGGCCAGGCAAAGGAGCGAAGUCUCCUGCUCCGCCGAAAGGGGAUCCAGGUAAAGGCGGAGGGUCUUCCUCACCUAGUAAAGGCGGCAGUACUAAAGGGCAGCUCGAGAAUAAGGGAGCUGUUGGGAAACCAGUUGGACCAGGUGAGAAAAAAGGAACGAAAUCAGUAGUAGUGGUUACACCAGAUCAAAUCACUGGAAAAUCUGCAUCAUCUAGCAGCACUUUCGGAAUAGUAAAAGGCGGAGAGAAAGCAUCAAAAUCUAGUGGUCCGGCUUCGUCAUCCUCAAUUAUCCCUGGCAAAGGACCAAAAGGAUCGAAAGGUGGCGGGAAAGUGGUGAAUGACAGAUCGCAGAGCCAUGACUCUCAGCUGAGCUCAUCGCUGAGUCCUCGAGCAGGCGAUGUUUCGACAGGAGGAAAGCCGGCAAAAGGCAAGACAAAAGGGAGUAAAGAUGGCGGAAAGCAGGGUAAGGAGGGCCUCGUGGGAGGGAGUGCAAUUAAGGC